GGGACCAUUUAGUACACUCAAAAAAUUUCAUUAUACAUGCAAUUCAGAUUAGAACCAUAUUACUAUAAAGAUGUAUAGUACAUAAUCUCGAAUUCAAGACCAAGUUAUUGCAACACUCAUUUUUUAUUUUUUCCUUCAUAGAGUAGAAAGAAAGUCAGAAUAUUUAAAUAUCCAUUAUUUAUUUAAUUUAAAGCGAAUCCAGACAAAACCCAUGAAUACAAGCUAACUCAACUCUCUUUUUCUUCCUUUUCUGAUUUUCUCUCCCUAUAUUUCCAGAAAGAGAAACUGAACUCUUCUUACCAAGAAAAUAAGAUCAGAACACACCCUUUUGGGUGAAUUUUAGUUCUGAUUUAAUAUGGUGGGAAUUUUUUCAAGAUUUUCUGUGGGCAGAACCGGCCAUCGUCGAGCUCAAAGUGCACUUGAUGAAACAGAAGUGUUGCCCCCAAAUACAGAGACAAUAGGUGCUGCUACUUUAGCUGGAGCUUCCUCUAUCAACCCUCAUGGUAUUGAAAUAGCAGUCGAGUUCAAACCAGUUGAACAUCCAACUGAGCCUCUACACAAUGAUCGUCCAAUUCAAUGUCCAUUACCAGAACCUUCAAUACUGAAUGAUGGGAGAAUAUGGAAGGAACGAGUGUCUGCAGUGCGAAGAAGGGCUGAUAUUCCUGUUGUGGAGGAAGGAACAACUGCAGAGGCUGAGGCAGCUGGAACAAAAUCUAGACCACCGAUGAAUCGGGUUAUUCUUCCAUCAAUCAGUGCGCCUGAACACAGUAUCCUCAAACUACUGGAGGAAUCUGGAAUUUAGCGGAUGCAUUGCUAGACCUGUCUCAGAGUACCUUUGUUAUACCAGAUAAACCUGAUGUUUUAUACGUCUUUCGAAGUUUCUCUUCUUGCUUUCCAUGAAAUGUUUGUAUUUUGUUUAUAUAGGAAACUUCACACAUUUGAAUGUAAAUAUUUCUUUCAUACUGAUUGAAAUAUAGUGUUCAAUUGCUCA